AUGGGCAGUUCACAUUCAUUUUCAAUACCACAUUUUAAUGCGAAUAUCCGUACAAGUGAUGGAAAGACAUUUGGAUUAUCUUCUCGUGAUUUUGUUGAUCAUAUUGUAUUGCUUCGUCGAGUGAUUGCGCAUCCAGAAAUGACGCAGCAAGCAAAAAUAGAUGAAAUCAUUGUACCAACAUUCGAUAUUGAUUUGAUAUGGCAUACACAUAUGAGGUUUCCAUUAUCUUAUCAAAACACGUCGAAAGCAUUAUGUGGUUUUCUUCUUGAUCAUGACGACUCGCUCGAAAAUGAUAUUCUAGUCGAUGCUUAUCAGAAAACAGCUGAACAGUGGAAGAUGACUUACAAGGUAGAUUAUGGCAAAGAUAUUGACAAAGAUAACUUGCGCACAUCGCAAUAUGUUAGCUCCUGCGCAAUAAUAAUGGCACCGGUUGUUAUAUUCUCAUCAAGUGAAGGUGGUGGUGGAUGUGGAGGUGGAGGUGGUGGUGGUGGUGGGUGUGGAGGUGGAGGUGGGGGUGGUGGUGGUGGAGGUGGAGGUGGAGGUGGUGGAUGUGGAGGUGGAGGUGGAGGUGGUGGAUGUGGAGGUGGAGGUGGAGGUGGUGGUGGUGGAUGUGGAGGUGGAGGUGGAGGUGGAGGUGGAGGUGGAGGUGGUGGAUGUGGAGGUGGAGGUGGAGGAUGUUGA